AUGGCUGUCACCCACCAAGACGAGGCUGGACUUGGAGGCCUGAAGUGUGGAGUUUGUCCCAUUGACCCGAAGAGCCUGGAGGAUGCUCUGCAGCUGGAAUUCUUCUCUAGAAUAGUCAUGUCCCUCGAACUGGGCCAUUUCCACUUCUGUGAUGGCAGUCUGGUCUGAGAAGUUAUUACCGCUGCUCACUGCAUGGUCAACCUGGAGCAGUUAAAGUUGGAGCUGCUCCUCACUGACAGCCAGACCUGCAAGGUGCUGCUGAGGGGCAUGAACCAGCCGCUGGUGUGGGGCUCCAUGCUGUGUGCUGCGUUUCCCGAUGGCGGGAGGGAUGCGUGCAAAGCCUGCAGGGAUGUCUUCACAGCCCCAAUGCUGGCAGGGUCAGACUGGGUCAGUGUUAUGUUUGUUUCUGAUGGGAGCAAUGCUGGCCAUGGCUUCAAGCUCAUCUUCACAGCCAUCCAUAAGGAUGCUGAAGCGGGUUCAGGCUGUGGGAGUGUCACAACGUUAGCGGAAGAGGGGAAGAUUGAUACUGCUAAUUACCCUGGCUUGUAUCCCAGGAACACAAAGUGCCAGUGGCUCAUUGAGGCUCUAGCAGAGUAUGUCGUAAAGGUGGAGUUUGAACACUUUGCUGUGGAACUCAGCCUGGGCUGCAUUUAUGAUGCAGUUACUGUUUACGGUGAUGAAGAAAACCAGUUGGAGGAGGCAGGAAGAGAAGAUUCAGGAUUAUCAACUGCACUGAUGUUGGCUCUGAAGGAUAUCUCCUUAGACACCUGUGGCUUUCCCCCAGUUACUUGCCAGUGGCUAUUCAAGUGUGUUAGUGGGGCUGAGGCCUGUCUUCACUGUUGGCCAUAGCAUGCCACCCUGAAGCUCCUUGGAGACUGCCAGUGCGAUGGGGUUGUCAUCAUCCCUAUGUGGCUGCUGACAGCUGCCCACUGUGUGCAGCUGAGUGUGACCAGCAUGUCCCUGGGCCACCUCUGCUCCUCUCCUCAUGCCAUGCACUCCCCCUGCUCCUCCAAGUUGGGAUCCAAUAAACCCUUGCACUGGACUGUGGCGGUAGGAGACCAUGAUAGAGCCCUGAGAGAGUCAACAGAAGAGACGAGAUGGGUGAAAGCCAUUGUGGUGCAUCCCCACUUCGACAUGCUGAGCUAUGACUCUGAAAUUGCCCUGAUGCAGCUAGACAUACCCCAGUACAACGCUGUUGUGAGGCCAGCAUGUCUGCCCAACAGCACAGAGACAUUAUCCUCCUCUUGCCUCUGCACUGCAUCUGGAUGGGGAAUCAUUGAAGAAGCUAGGCCAUUGCAGCAAACAUGAGUGCCUGUACUUGAGAAUGAAAUCUGUGAGAGAAAUUACUACUUCAGUCACCCUGGAAGGAUCACAGCCAGGAUGCUUUCUGCUGGCUUUGUUUCUGUGGGAAGCCAGGAUUCCUGUCAGGGUAGCUCUGGUGGCCCCUUGGUUUGCAGCAAGGAAAAUGGACCAUUUACUUUUUAUGGCAUUGUCAGCUGGGCUGUUGGCUGUGCCAGCCCAGAACAAACCCAGGGCUCAGUUCAAGUCUGUCACUGGAGAAUUGUAGCCCCAUUAAAAUCCAUUAUUAGGCUUGAAGUCCUGGACUUCUAG